AUGCCUCUCGCGCCCAGUAACCAAGGUGAUGCGAUGGAUAUUAUGCCUUCAAUAGACAUAUACGAUACCCUAGGGUAUGCGCAAGUUAUAACGAAUUCUGGCCACGAUGACAUGAUUCAUGAUGCAGCUUUAGACUAUUACGGUCGCAGACUAGCAACAUGUUCGUCAGACAAAACAAUUAAGAUCUUCGAAGUGGAAGGUGACUCCCACAGGCUGCUCGAGACACUGAAAGGCCACGAGGGAGCAGUAUGGUGUAUUGCAUGGCCUCCUCCUCCUACGACGGCAAAGUCCUUAUUUGGCGCGAACAAGCUCCUAGCACCGCCUCUGCCUCCACCGCCAGCACCUGGACAAAAGUUUUUGAUUUCUCCCUGCACACUGCCUCCGUCAACGGCAUCUCCUGGGCUCCGCACGAGAGUGGCUGCCUGCUCGCCUGUGCCUCCUCCGACGGCAACGUCAGCGUACUUGAAUUCAGCGACAAUAGCUGGACGCACCAACUGUUCCACGCGCAUGGCAUGGGUGUCAAUUCCGUCAGCUGGGCGCCCUCUGCCGCUCCUGGUUCCAUCAUCAGCACGACCCCAAGCCCCGGACAGCUACGCAGGUGGGGAAAACAAGACCUACACAGUAACCAAGGUGCUGGAAGGCCACACAGACUGGGUACGUGACGUGGCCUGGUCACCAAGCAUCCUCUCCAAAUCCUACAUCGCCUCCGCUUCCCAAGAUAAAACCGUCCGCAUCUGGACGUCCGAUCCGUCAAACCCCAAUGAGUGGACCAGCCAGCAUCUCGAGUUUGACUGUGUGUUAUGGCGUGUCAGCUGGAGUCUGAGCGGGAACGUCCUGGCUAUCAGUGGUGGAGAUAAUAAAGUCAGUUUGUGGAAGGAGAAUUUGAAGGGGCAGUGGGAGAAGGUGAAGGAUAUUGAGGACUGA